ACGCACAUAGCAGCCUCACAGAAUUCACCCGUUUAACUCCCACAUUCAGUCCAGUUUCUUGUAGGCAUUUAACAUACUAGGAUCACUCUAAUUUGAGUAGUUAAUAAAUCUAAAUUUCCUGUGUUUAUUGCUUUUUAGCAAGUGACUCGCAUAUAUUAUGAAUAUACGUAUUACUAAUUAAGAAAAAAUUCAUAGCUCAUGACGCGAUUUAUCCGCCACCUGUUUUCUAAAAACAAAAUCAAUUUACAAAUAAUACACUAAACUAUUAAAAUAUAUUCCAAAAAAAAAAAAUUCAAAUUUAUUUAUUUCAAGAUUUGUGAGAUAAAAAUCUGAUUUUUAAAAUUUUUCUAUACAUUAUAAAAACAAGAGAGUAAAUUAACGUAUAAUAGAAAAAGGUAAAGCAAAUAGAAAUAAAAUUUUGACAGAGACACAUUUUUUUUUGUUUCGUUAUAUCAUUGACACUCUUAAAUUAUAAAUCAAUAACAUUGAAGGCAAAUAUAAGAUUCAUUUUUUUGAUUGUAUUACUAUUAUGCUAUUACACAACGUAAAAUACAUAUUAUGAUGAUGUACAGUAGGAAUGGACGAAUGUACACUUUUUAAAAGAAGGAUAUAAGCUCUAAAGAUGUACGAAGAAAGUAUGUCAGUUGGACAAGAGAUUUCUGCGUUAAUGUCGCAGGGAGAAUAUUCUUUAUGUUCGGACCAGAGUUUAAGGGCCGUUGCAAGAGUUGGUCAAGCUGUUAAUUUAGCAGUAGAUCGAUUUGUUACGGUAGGGGAAACAAUUGCAGAUGAUAAUCCAGAAAUUAAUCAAGGCAUGUACGAAGCCUGCAAAGAAGCUAGAGUGGCAGGCUCAGCAAUAGAAAAGUUAUGUGAAUGUGCAAUGGAAGACAAUGUUGACGACAGAGGGGCAGUAGUUCGUGCUGCGAGAUGUCUUCUAGUAUCAGUGACAAGAGUUCUUUUAUUGGCAGAUAUUGUUGUAGUGAAGCAACUUUUGUUAGCAAAAGAUAAAGUUGCACGUAGUCUUGGUCGUCUAGAAAGUGUGUCGAAUUUCACGGAAUUUGUUAAAGCUUUCAGUCAAUUUGGCGCGGAAAUGGUUGAACUCGCCCACCUGACUGGUGAUCGACAGAAUGAUCUUAAAGAUGAAAGACGAAGAGCACAAAUGGCAGCUGCACGACAAGUUUUAGAAAGAAGCACAAUGAUGCUCCUUACUUCAAGUAAAGCAUGCUUAAGGCAUCCAGAUUGUUUAUCGGCUAAAGAAAACAGGGACACAGUUUUUUGUCAAAUGAGAAGAGCGAUGGACUUGAUUCAUUAUGUUGUGAAAGAUGGAGUUAUUGAAUGCAAUGAGUCGUAUACCAAUCCUCAGAGUCCACAACAAGAAGACUGGGAUAGUAGUACUGUCUUUUCGGCUUUAAAUCAUUUUGAAAGGUUUAUUGAUAAAUGUAGAAAGUCACUUUUGGGACCAAAUUAUAGAGACACAUUAAUAAGUUCCCUUGAAACAGUUGUAGAAAGAACUCAGGAUUUUACCGAUAGUGCUUAUACAACACACGAACAUAGAGAAAACAUUCUUCUUCUUUGUGAUAGAGCAAGAUUAGAACUAAAUGCCUUAUUCAGACUUGUAAAUAGCAAGACAAUCACCGGCAGCGGAUGUGGAUCACCGAAGUUAGAAGUUGAAGAAGCUCUAGACCGCUUACUAAGAGCCACAAAAGAUUUGAAGCAACACCUAUGUGCAACUACACUAGAUCAAGCUGGAGACCUUGGAUCAGUGACAAAGGCUUUACAUGAAUUGGUAUCAUCAAUUAAAAACCUUGCUGCAUCGAGCGACAUUGAUGGAUUGAAGGAGAGUAGCGACAGGUUUCAGGAAUACAUCGAUCACAUUCUUGAAGUUUGUAAACUGCUAAGACACGUUGCACGCACUGAGUCUUUACAAGUGUCGGCAAAGUUUACUGAAAUUAACUUGAGGAUAUAUGGGCCACAAGUUGUAACUGCGGCUUACACACUGUCUAGACAUCCUACCAGCAAAAUUGCUAAAGAAAACCUUGAAGUGUUUGCCGACAUGUGGCAGUGGUUGAUGACUGAUAUAACAACUGUAGCUAAAGAUGUUUUGGAAUUGGGACAAAGUCGACCUGAAAAGCAAGUUUAUAUGUCAUUACCACGUCCAGGGAAACAUGGGACAACAAGUAAACCUUUAAAACCAGUUAGUCUUGACAGUGAAGAACAAGCAAAAAUAGCAAAAUCUGGUCUUGAGAUGAAACUGAUAACAUCCGAAAUGAAUGCAGAAACUGAAAAAUGGCAAGAAAGUGGUUCAGCUUUUGAAGAGAACAAUGAUAUUGUGAAAAGAGCAAAAAAUAUGUCUUCGAUGGCCUUUGCGAUGUACCAGUUUACAAGGGGUGAAGGGGCACUAAAAACUACCCAAGACCUUUUCACACAAGCUGAAUAUUUCGCAGAAGAAGCAAAUCGAUUGUACAAAGUUGUGCGACAAUUCAGUUACCAGGUACCCGGCGGAAAUCAUAAAAAAGAAUUACUCGAAAACUUAGAUCGUGUGCCAACUUAUGUCCAACAACUUCAAUUUACUGUAAAAAAUCCCACAGUUGGAAAAUCGGCAACCUUUAUCAAAGUUGACAAUGUAAUUCAAGAAACAAAAAAUCUUAUGAAUGUAAUAUCAAAAGUUGUUACAACGUGUUUCGUCUGUGCUUCAAAAUACAACUUAGACUUUAGAGGAUUGUCAACGCGAGGAUCCGGCUCAAUGUAUCGAGGAGAUGGCUCCGGAGAUGGCGAUGGCAGCGGAGCAGGUGGAGAUGGCUCUAAGUCUGGUUCAGCUCCUGGCAGCGAUUCGUCCGUCUGACAAUUUGGUAUGGCCCGAAGGGCCAAAGGGGAUGCGCGACGUACUAGAGUUUCAUUUUUAUUAUUUUAGACAAAAAAUUUUUGCGACAUUUUGUUCGCGGUUUAUAGCCUUCUAACAGAAGUUGUAUUUGUCCCUAAUUUUACAAUUUUUUACUGGCAUUAUCAGGAAUUUUUGAUAACAUAAUUACUUCAUAUAUGUGUCUGACAUUUAAUUAGAAUAACAAACGGAGAUUGCAUAUGACAUUUUUUUUUGUUAAAUUAAUUCACUGGGGAGCUGGUAAAGAUUAUUCCUCAUGACUCGCAUAUAAUUUUUAGGGCGAUAAUUGUAACUUUAUUUAAGACUGUAGAUUACUAGAAAACAUAAUAUCGGACAAUAAAAGACAAAAUAUCAAGUAAGCAGAACUAUAAGUGGAUGCACAAAUGAGGUAAGAUAUGUAACUUUGAUGUUGGGUCUUGUUAUUCUUGUUAUUCGUUUUACGAGUAUCUACUAAUUUUUCAGUUUCUUCACAUUUAAACACUUGUCGUCAGAAUAGAGAAAAUGCUACUAUUACAGUAACUUGACGAGAAGUUGAACUAUUUUCUAAAUAUCUAUAAUGUUAAAGUUUAUUUAUUAAAGGGCUAAUAAAAAAGAGUCCCAACAUCGGAGUUUUACGCAUCAUGAUGAAUGUCGUGAACUUUGCCGUGAAGCGUGUCACGAGGAAAAGUCCACAACAACUCUUUGCUUAGAACUUUUAUUUCCUCUCUAAACCGCCAGAUGCGAAUGAUUUAAAAUGACUUGAAACAAGGUAAAAAGUUAGAAGGUUCUAGGAUUAGCUAAUUUGUAAAUGUGUGAUAAUAAUUAGUUAACGAAGAUGGUGUUUGGAAAACUUGCAUGAAUGAAUCUAAUGUUAAGUGACGACUUUUUCCGCUUAAAAUCAUCAGUAAUAUAAGUCACCAAAGUGUAAAAUAAAUUUAUCUAUACAUUA